AUGAGGGUCUUCAUCCUCCUGCUCAUGCUGGAUCUGCUUGGCGUUUCCAGUGUGAUGAUGAAUAAGAAUUUAAGAAAGAAGAUUCAAGGGAAUUGGCGAACCGUUUACUUAGCUUCCAGUACUGUGGAAAAGAUAAGUGAAGACUCACCCUUGAGGACCUACUUCCGUCGCAUUGAAUGUGGGAAGAGAUGCAGGCAAAUCCACUUCUAUUUUUAUAUCAAGAAAGGGGCCAGAUGCCAACAGUAUGAAGUCAUAGGAAAGAAAAGGCAAGGAUUUUACCAGGCACAGUAUGAAGGGAAAGUAACAGUCAUGAUAAAGAUGGUGAAUGACAAGAUACUGCUCUUUCAUUAUUUUAACAAGGACGUCAGGGGCAAAGUCACACGCGUGGCUGGAGUUUUGGCAAAAGCCAGAAAACUGACGAAGGAUGAGAUGACACAGUACAUGGACUUGGUAGAGGAAAUUGGCAUUGAGGAUGAGAAUGUACAACGCGUCCUAGACACAGAUACCUGUCCAAACACGAUCAGGACUAGGUGA